AUGCCUUGCCAGACUGUCAAAGACAAAAGUCGCAAGGACGGAGUUCGCUUGCGCUACUGCAACAGGUCGUGGUUCGACACCUUCCCAUUUACGGCCUACUCUGCGGUAAAACGUGGAAUUUAUUGUGUACCUUGUGUCCUGUUCCCGGUCACUCAGUCAACAAGUGGUCGGGCGCGAAUACUAAUUUCCACGCCACUUGUGAAUUUCAAGGACGCAACUCAGGAACUGGCCGCUCACAGGUCACUGGAUUACCAUUUGUCCUCGGAAGCGAAAAUGGACUCCUUUUUGAAAACGAUGCGAACCCCAGGCAGCAGGAUUGAUGCCACAAUCAGCCAGCAGGCAGCAGCAAGAGUGAAGGAGAAUAGAGCAAAGCUUUUCUCCAUUGUCAAAUGCCUGGAGUUCUGUGGCAGGAAUGGCUUGGCACUGAGAGGCCAUCGAGAUGACGGUGAUGCAUUGGAUGACAGCUGGAAACAAGGAAAUUUCAAGUCCCUGGUCAACUUCCGUGUUGAGGCUGGUGAUGAUGUGCUGAGACGUCACUUGGAGACAGCAUCUGUACGCGAGACUUACAUUUCCAAGACUUCCCAGAAUGCCCUACUCUCCUGCAUCGGGCAUUAUGUUCGAGAGCAGAUAGCAGCGGAUGUUCGGGCAAGCGGUUUCUACGCAGUGUCAGCAGAUGAGGUGGCAGACGUCAGCAAUUGGGAGCAGCUUGGUGUUGUGCUGCGGUAUAUCAAGGAUGGCCAAGUCUUGGAGAGGCUCGCUGGCUUUGUUGCAUUGGAGAAGGUCCGAGGUUGUGACAUCUUCCAGGCCAUCAAGACCUUCCUUGCAGACCUGCACGUGGACAUGACUCUGUGCCGUGCCCAAGCUUAUGAUGGUGUGGGAGCUAUGGCUGGUGAGCUGAGAGGUUGCCAGGCGCUCUUCAAGGAUGAAAUACCUCAGGCAACGUACUACCACAGCACCAGCCACCAACUAAACUUGGCGCUGUCCAAAGCCUGCAGCGUUCCUGAAGUCUUGCGGAUGGUGGCAACAAUGAAGCAGCUUGGAUUGUUCUUCAAGUACUCUCCCAAGAAGCAGCGCGCGUUCGAAGAAGCUGUGGACACCAUCAACCGGCAGCGGAAAGCAGAACGGAAACCAGAGAUCGCCAAGGCCAAGUUCAAAAUGCUAUGCGAAACCAGGUGGAUCGAGCGGCAUACUGCCUUUGAGGAUUUCCACGACAUGAUGGAGCCGCUCUCCUCCACUCUGGAAGUCAUCAGCCAGCCAGCCCUCCAGCAAGACGUCAAAUGGGAUGCGAAGAGUGUAACAGAUGCCUGCGGUCUGCUGCGUGACAUUAGAUCGUCGGAGUACCUGAUUGCUUUCCACGUCUGCCGGUACUUCUUUGGCUUCACCAAAGACAUCGCACGCCUCCUACAAGGGUCCAGCAUGGAUGUGUUCACCGCCUAUACCGAGAUAGCAGAUGUGCGAGAGUGCAUCAAGAGUGCCCGUUUGAAUAGCGACGAACGGUUUGCUGACAUCUUCAGGGAAGCUGAGCAAAGUGUGGACAAGAUGGGUGCUGACGACCUGCGUAUUCCUCGGAGAUGUGCAACCCAGCGUCACCGCUCAAACCUUCCAGCAACUACGCCCGAGGAGUUCUGGCGGCGUUCAGUAUUCGUUCCAUUCGCAGAUUCCUUGCUGCAGGAGCUAAAAGCCCGUUUCAACCAGAUAACGGAAACCGCCGUCUCCGGCCUGUGUUUGCUCCCCGAGAAUGCUGUUCUCCCGUGUGGCAUCAGUGAAGACAUUGUCAGCAAGCUCCAGGAAGCCUUUGCAACCGACCUCCCAGCUGCCUAUUCUCUGCCACAGGAAGUUGACCGGUGGGUGAGGAAAUGGAAGAAAGUUGAGGCUGGCAAUCUUCCCAAGUCACUUGCUGAUACCCUCAGUGCUGUUGAUAAGAUGUCGUUUCCAAACAUCUCCUGCAUCCUGAAGCUUCUGCUCAUCGCUCCUGUCAUUUCAGCAUCUGUGGAACGUGCAAACUCUGCCUUAGCAUAUGUGAAGACAGAUCUACGGAGUUCAAUGGGCCAAUCGCGACUGAAUGACCUGCUGCUACUGUACGUCCACAAAGACAUCAAGCUGGAUUACAACAAGAUCGUCGACAUGUUUGCUACCAGAGCACCCCGUCGCAUGCAAUUUGUAGACCCAUGCAACCACGAUGAGGAUGAGUACUGAGCAGCCCUCGCGUUUACAGUUUUCCCCAGCAGUUGACUGUCCCAUCAACUCAAAUGCCUGUACAUAAUUAUGCUUGAACUGGAAAUGUGGCUUGAUGACAUACAUGUAUAUUUGUAGAAGAAGUAGAAGAAAGGGCAGUAAAAUGGCUGUUUCACACACUAAGCGAUCUUCAGACAGAAAAUC